AUGGGCAAGAUCCCAGUGCAGCCCUGGUGGGUGGAGGCGGCGGUCAGGCAGGGGCAGGCAGUCGACCAUGCGAACGAUGAUGUGCACCACUCUGCGCACGAGCACAGCUACAUACACGGGUACGAGCAGACGCACUUCUCGUCCCCGGUCCUGAACGGCACCUCGACGUCGUAUAUCCAGCCUUACUCGCGUGCUGUCUCGCGUUCGCGUGUGGCUAUGGCCUGCACACAUUGCCGACACAGGAAAGCGCGGUGCGAUGGCAUCAAGCCGAGCUGCAGCCUUUGCGUGCAUCUCGAGCGGCCCUGCAAGUACGUUAAGGUGUCUGUAGAGGAGAACGCGAGGUUGCGCGAGAAGAAACGCGCCACAAAACUGCGUAGGUCCGUUGAAUGCGCCAAGUUUCACGAGAACGACCUUUUCAACGUGUACCCGCCCUACCGUCACCCCGACGCCAACGCUCCUACUGCUACUGCUACUGCUACUGUUCCGAAGAUUACCUCCACGAUGCCCUCGCACCGUUCUGCCUCGAUGGAGCAGGAAGAAGAUAGGAUGUCGAUGUUGGCGGCGAGUGCCCCACCUCUCCCGCAGGUGGGGGUGUGUGCUGCGCCGGACGCCAGUGUUAUGCAGACUUAUGUAUAUGGUGGUGGUGACAAUGGGAUCGUGGGGGAUCAAGCAGAUAAGUGCUUUGACAUCGGUGGGUUAGGCGGUUCGAGGCGUGCUUCGCCGAACAGUGCUAUCGGCCCGCCAAGGGGGGUGUCGGGUGCAGGGUACACUUAUCCGCGCAAGCCGAGCAUGGAAGAUGCCACACGUCCCUUCGAGUCCAGAUUUCGCUACGAUAUAGUUGAGGCUAUGCCUAGCUCCGACGCCUGGACCGGCUUUACCGAUAUCAAUGCAGGCUCAUCCACCUUGACCAUGCCCACACACACCGUCGACUCGACCACCGCCGCCUUCCCGCUGCAACCCGCGCUCCGCCCCACCACCGUCACCGCUACCGACGCAUACCAGCAUCGCUACACGGCCACCAGCGCGAAUACGGCAUUUGACGCUCCCUCGUCGUCGUCGUCGGGAUCGUGGUGGGAGUCGCCCGUCGUCGAAUCGAGCCCUAUCCACUCUUCCUACCCGCGUCUCAAUCGCAACAAGAAUCGCAGCACGGUGCCGGACCUGCGCUCGCCGCUGAUGUCGGCGACGAGCUUCACCUCUUCGCCGUCGUGCAGCCUGACGAGCCCGGCGGUGUUCGAGACGUCUCUGCCGGCGCUGGACCAUGCUUUUUCGAGCGACAGCAACAAGAGCACGCCGGACCAGCACCUGCACGACGACGAGGCGGCAGUGUUCUGGUUCCCGCAAGUAGCAGCGGGACGGACGGUGUACCGUGGGCACGAGGGAGCUGAGAGGAGUCGAAACGACUGGUCAGCUGCAGCUGUGGCCCCGGCGUCGACCAGCGCUAAAUGGCCCGACUUUGCAGCGUAUUACACUUCUGCCCCGCCUGGCUUCUGA